AGGAGGAGGAGGGUGAGCGACAGCCUUUGGUUCAGGCGUGUGUGUGAUCACCACCUCAGUGAAAAAUAGAUUGGAGGGAGGACUGGUCCUACACCGGCGGGGAAACAGUGGAUCUAUCCAGGUUACAUUUCUUUCCUUUUUAACUGUUUGUUCCCACCGCCUGUGUCAGAAAGCUACAGGACCCAGACAUGGAUGCGAAGGACGAGAUGCAGAUGCUGUCCGCAGCACAAGAACAAAAUGGAGAUUUAGGCAAGAACAAUGACAAGGAUGGAAAGAAGAAGAAGAAAGAAAAGGAGCCUAAGACGCCCACAGUCGGCCCCAUCGAUCUGUUCAGGUUUGCAAAAGGUGGGGAUCUUGUACUGAUCUUUUUCGGGACAGUGAUGGCCAUGGUGAACGGAGUGAUUCUUCCUGUCAUGUGUAUUGUGUUUGGGGACAUGACAGACAGCUUUGUGAAGGACUCCAUGGUGUCCCAAAUGAACAACACUUUACCAAAUAUAACCAACCAUCUAAACAGCACCUUGGAGAAGGAUAUGACAGAGUAUGCCAUCUAUUACUCCAUCAUGGGGGCAGUGGUGUUUGUGGCAGCCUACAUACAGGUCUGCUUCUGGACCCUGGCAGCUGGGCGGCAGGUCAAACGUAUCCGCCAGUUGUUUUUCCACAGUAUCAUGAGGCAGGAAAUCAGCUGGUUCGAUAUCAACGAGAUCGGAGAGCUCAACACACGUCUGACAGAUGAUGUCUAUAAGAUCCAUGAGGGUAUUGGCGACAAGGCGGGGAUGUUGAUCCAGGCCUACACCACCUUCAUUGCCUCCUUCAUCAUCGGCUUCACCAAAGGAUGGCAACUCACCCUCGUCAUCCUGGCUGUUAGCCCUGCGCUGGGUAUAUCGGCUGCUCUUUUCAGUAAGGUGCUGGCAUCUUUCACUAGUAAAGAGCAGAGUGCAUAUGCCAAAGCUGGAGCUGUGGCAGAAGAGGUGCUCUCUGCGGUCAGGACAGUGUUUGCCUUCAGUGGUCAGAGCAGAGAGAUCAAGAGAUACAACAAGAACCUAGAGGACGCUAAGAUCAUGGGAAUAAAGAAGGCACUUUCCUCCAACAUCGCCAUGGGCUUUACCUUCCUGAUGAUCUACCUGUCCUACGCUCUGGCCUUCUGGUACGGCAGCACACUCGUCUUGAAUAAGGAGUACACCAUCGGUACUGUGCUCACCGUGUUCUUUGUUGUGCUUAUUGGAGCGUUCACUGUUGGGCAGACUUCACCAAACAUUCAGACCUUUGCCAGCGCCCGAGGAGCAGCAUACAAAGUAUACAGCAUUAUUGAUCACAAUCCGGCUAUCGACAGCUUUUCAAAGGAUGGAUUUAAGCCUGACUACAUCAAGGGAGACAUAGUUUUCAAGGACAUCAACUUCACUUAUCCGUCAAGGCCAGAUGUCAAAGUAUUAAAAAACAUGUCUCUGAAUGUGAGAAGUGGACAGACCAUUGCCUUGGUGGGCAGCAGCGGUUGUGGUAAAAGCACCACAAUCCAGCUGCUGCAGAGGUUCUACGAUCCUCAGGAAGGAUCUGUGUCAAUUGAUGGUCAUGACAUCCGUUCUCUUAACAUCCGCCACCUGAGAGAGAUGAUUGGGGUGGUGAGUCAGGAACCCAUCCUCUUUGCCACCAGCAUCUCUGAGAACAUCAGAUACGGACGACUUGAUGUGACGCAGGCAGAGAUCGUGCAAGCUGCCAAGGAGGCUAAUGCCUAUGACUUCAUCAUGUCCCUUCCAGAUAAGUUUGAGACACUGGUUGGAGACAGAGGGACUCAGAUGAGUGGAGGACAGAAGCAGCGGAUUGCAAUCGCUCGGGCUCUUGUCCGAAACCCCAAAAUUCUUCUGCUGGAUGAAGCCACAUCUGCUCUUGAUGCUGAGAGUGAAAAAAUUGUGCAAAAUGCACUCGACAAGGUCCGACUGGGUCGCACCACCAUUGUUGUGGCACAUCGCCUCUCGACCAUUAGAAAUGCGGACGUCAUCGCUGGUUUCCAGAAAGGUGAAAUUGUGGAGCUGGGGACUCACAGUGAGCUGAUGGAAACAAAGGGAGUCUACCAUACACUGGUCACCAUGCAGACCUUUCAGAAAGAGGAGGAUGGGCUAGAGUCAGAGGGUCAUCUGUCUGGGGAUGAGAAGAGCCCAUUAGUGAAGUCUGUAUCACAGACCUCUCUGCUGAGGAGGAAGUCGACGAGGGGCUCCUCCUUCGCCCACUCAGAGGGGGAUAAAGAAGAGAUGGAAAAGUUCAAGACUGACUACCAAAUAGACGAUGAAAAUGCUCCACCCGUGCCGUUCUCUAGAGUAAUGCGUCUCAACCUCCCUGAGUGGCCGUACAUUCUGGUGGGAACCUUCUCUGCCAUCAUCAACGGAGCUCUGCAGCCAGCGUUUGCUAUCGUUUUCUCCAAGAUCAUCACUGUGUUUGCUGAGCCAGAUCAAGAGGUCAUCAGGCAAAGAUCUGAAUUCUUCUCCCUGAUGUUUGUUGCUAUUGGAGCCAUAUCUUUUGUCACCAUGUUUCUACAGGGUUACUGUUUUGGUAAAUCUGGAGAGAUUCUGACCCAGAAACUGAGACUCAAAGCGUUUACGUCCAUGAUGAGACAGGACCUUGGCUGGUAUGAUGACCCAAAAAAUAGUGUUGGAGCGCUCACAACAAGAUUGGCGACAGAUGCUGCCCAAGUACAAGGGGCUACAGGAGCACGUCUGGCCACAGUGACACAGAACUUUGCCAACAUGGGCACUGGUAUUAUCAUCUCCUUUGUUUACGGCUGGGAGUUGACUCUACUCAUCCUGGCUGUGGUACCAAUUAUAGCGACGGCUGGAGCUGUGGAGAUGCAGCUGCUCGCUGGGCACGCUGCUGAUGACAAGAAAGAGUUAGAAAAGGCUGGAAAGAUUGCUACGGAGGCCAUUGAGAAUAUUCGCACUGUUGCCUCUCUUACCAGAGAAACCAAGUUUGAGUCUUUGUAUGAGGAAAACCUUGUAGUGCCAUACAAGGCGGCCCAGAAAAAAGCCCAUGUGUACGGUAUCACCUACUCCUUCUCCCAGGCCAUGAUCUACUUUACCUAUGCGGGCUGUUUCCGCUUUGGAGCCUGGCUCAUCAAGGAGGGAAGGAUGGAUGUUGAGGGGGUAUUCCUUGUGAUUUCUGCUCUCCUGUUUGGUGCCAUGGCUGUCGGAGAGGCUAACUCCUUUGCUCCAAACUACGCUAAGGCUAAACUCUCAGCUGCCCACCUCAUGCUCCUGAUAAACAGAGAGCCCGCCAUCGACAAUUUGUCAGAGGAGGGAGAGAAACCGGACAACUUUGAUGGAAAUGUGCGCUUUGACUAUGUCAAGUUUAACUAUCCGUCACGCCCUGAUCUACAAAUCCUGCAAGGGCUGAACCUGAGGGUGAAAAAGGGAGAGACGCUGGCCUUGGUAGGGAGCAGCGGCUGUGGAAAAAGCACCACCAUCCAGCUGCUAGAGAGGUUCUACGACCCCAGAGAGGGGAGAGUGGUGAUGGACGACAAGAAUCUAAGAAAUCUGAACAUCCACUGGUUGAGAUCCCAGAUAGGCAUCGUAUCCCAGGAGCCCGUGCUGUUCGACUGCACCUUGGCUGAAAACAUUGCUUAUGGAGACAACAGCCGCACGCCAUCCAUGGAUGAGAUAGAGGCAGCUGCUAAAGCGGCCAACAUUCACACCUUCAUCGAACAGCUGCCACUGAAGUAUAACACUCAGGCAGGUGAUAAGGGAACGCAGCUCUCAGGCGGACAGAAACAGCGUAUUGCUAUAGCCCGAGCCAUCCUUCGCAACCCCAAACUGUUGCUCCUGGACGAGGCAACAUCCGCCCUCGACACAGAAAGUGAAAAGGUGGUGCAGGAGGCAUUAGACCAGGCUAGGAGGGGCAGGACAUGUAUCGUUGUUGCCCAUCGUCUGUCAACCAUCCAGAACGCAGACCGCAUUGCCGUCUUCCAGGCAGGAGUGGUGGUCGAGCAGGGGACGCAUCAACAGCUGCUGGCCAAGAAGGGAGUCUAUCACAUGCUGGUCACCACACAGAUGGGCCACGGGAGGGAAUAAAAGAGAGAUGCACGGAGCAAAGUUUUCUUGAUCUACAGAGGAAUGGAUUCAACACUCAUGCCAUAUAUCAUCACCAACUUCCUGCUUCAAGACAAUGAUAAUCAGACUAAACAGUGGCCUUUAAGACUCAGUGACAUUCUUGUAGCUACUGCCUACUGGGUCCCAUAGUCUGGUUAUGAUCAGACAAAUGCAGUCUAAGUUCUGUGCAACUGUAUAUGUGUUUAAGGGCAUUUCAUACUGAUGACAGCACAGGUGUAAUCAACACUGGGACGCUUACAUUUUUGAGUAAAUCUAGUGUUUUCCUCAAGUCAAAACAAACACUGAAAGAAAAUAAUGUUGCAUGUCAAUUUUUUGUUGACUUUCUUUAUUUGAAAGGAUUCAUUCAAGUUUGUGCCUCUUACACUGGGACUUAUUUAUGGCCAGUUCUCUUCUCUCUGGAGCUUUUCAAUGCCAACAGCCUUAACUGUUGAUUAUUAAGCGCAAAAUAAUGCCAAGUAUAAGAGAUUUGAGCCAACAAUACACUGGAUUGAUUAUAUAUUAAAACUAUGUGACCUCUGACAAUGGGAUCAACAACACAUAGAAAUUGUGUUUUUCUUUCUACGUAUUUUUGCAGAUUGUCUGAUAAUUUAUUGAUUGUUAUAAUGUAGUUUGUUUUGUCUACAGUAAAUAAUGUUUCAAAAGUGCCUGGAAAAACUCAACCCUGAAAUAAUCUUGUAUUCACAGAGCCGUGCAGGUUAUACUUUGUGUCACACACGUUGGCUUUAAUCACUGUUUUGUUUCAACAAAUGCACAGAAUGACUAACUGAUAUGGAAAAUAUUGUUGUAUGCUUAUAUUUAACUAUUAAAAAGUUUUAUAUCAA